AUGGCGUGUCAGUGUAGAAGAAAUUUACCCCGACAGGAAAACUUGUACGUAGAUGUGGGCGAAGGGGCCCUAUUAAAUUCAAAGAGGACAUGUUUAACACAAGCAGAUUUGGCGAUCCGGUCACGUCAAGUUUAUUACACAUUAGUAACGAAUCCUGGAUUAAAAUCCCACUUGAAAUCUAUGCCGGAAUGGAAAAAGAAAGGAUUGAGACUGAAUAUGCUUUUUCCAAAUCUGCUUGUGUUAAACAUGUCCUCUUUGAAUUUAAUAGGGCCCCUUCGCCCACAUCUACGUACAAGUUUUCCUGUCGGGGUAAAUUUCUUCUACACUGACACGCCAUUAUUUUAG